AUGUUGUGUUCAAGGAGGAUUCUGCAACAGUGGUGUUUGGCUGUGUUUUUACUGUGUUCUCCCGUGCCACACUAUGGCAGGCCCAUCGAUGCCCUCAGCAACAGAAUUAAGCGGUCAGUGACACAUGCCCAGCUGAUGCAUGACAAGGGCCGGGCCCUGCAGGACUUCAAGCGCCGCAUGUGGUUGCAGGAGCUACUGCAUGAGGUUCACACAGCCGAGAUCCGUGAGGUUCAGCAGCGCGGAGGAGUCAGUGGUGGUGGAGGUGGGACCAUCAACACGGGCGUUCCUAUUGCUGUGGGCAUGGGUAUCAAUUUGAGCUCGGGUACGUCCCAUCCGAAGCCUGCUGGUGGCACCAAAAGCAUGCCAAUUAGUUACGGCCCAGAAGAUGAGGAGGGCACCAACCUGCCUCAAGAGACCAACAAGUCACAAACAUAUAAAGAUGGAGCACUCAAGGCUAGUGGGAAAAAGAAGAAGAAAGGGAGAGCAGGGAAGAGAAGAGAAGGAGAGAAAAGAAAACGGCGGGCCCGUUCACUUAGUAGGCUGAUGGUCAACGAACCGGGCAGUGGCUUCCACCUGGAGUGGCGAGUACACACAGCACAGCGAGCUGCGCUGCACUAGAGCACUGUCAGACUCUGACAAUGAUCUUUAAGGACAUUAUACAUGGACCCCUAAAUGUUCAUGUUGCAGUAUUUACUGUAAUAAUGAUGAUUUGGGAAGUGAUAGGGAA